GUUCUACCAGCUUUUCCCUUCUAAGUCAAACACAUGGAUGGCGUCUGAGUGUUACCUUCUAUCUUCACAGUCAAAAGUGCCAGAAAGAUGGCUCUCCAAAAAGGUUCCACCCCUGUACACUCACUGGGAUGGGAAUUCGAACUGCAGAGUAACCCGGCCACUGUUCCAGGCCUGGAGAUCAAACUGGGAGCUUUAGUAAUGCUUCUCUCCACCACUCUGCUAUGUGGUUUCAUACCACUGUGCAUUGUCAGAGGAGCAGGGAGGUGCAAUGUAGACCCUGCAAUGCGUCAAAGAGUGCUGAGUUUGGUGAGCUGCUUCGCAGGCGGAGUGUUCUUUGCCACCUGCCUCUUGGACUUGGUGCCCGACUAUCUAACUGACAUCAAUGAUGCAUUCCGUAGCCUUGGCAUCACACUCCAGUUCCCUCUGCCUGAGUUUAUCAUGGCAAUGGGGUUCUUUCUAGUCUUGACCCUGGAACAGAUAGUCCUGGCCAUAAAAGACCAAUCACCUGGUCCCUCUGAGGAGAGACGAGCCCUAUUGGUGGACCCAAGUGUCCAAUCAUAUGACAGAGACGGUCCAAGACAGCACCAUCACCACCAUGGUAGGGAGGAGUUUGGGGGGUCCAGGAGUUCAGAGGAGGGGGUCCAUCUUCAUGUGGACCUCAACUCACAUUCAGCCAUCCGGGCCUUCAUGCUGGUCUUCUCCUUGUCCCUGCACUCUGUGUUUGAGGGUUUGGCAGUGGGCUUGCAGGAAGACAACCAACAGGUGUUAGAAAUAUGCCUAGCUUUGCUACUUCAUAAGAGUAUUAUCUCCUUCAGUCUGGCCCUCAAGCUGGCCCAGGGCCAACUACGACGGGCAGCAGUGACAGGCUGCAUCCUGCUUUUUGCUGUGAUGUCACCAUUGGGCAUCGGGCUUGGCAUUGCCCUAACCGAGACCAAGUCUUCCCCCCAACACCAGCUAGCAAGGGCCACGUUAGAGGGCCUAGCAUCAGGCACCUUCAUCUACAUCACAUUCAUGGAGAUCUUGCCCCAUGAACUGGGCUCCCCUAAGAAUCGGAUCCCCAAGGUGGCGAUGUUGCUUACUGGGUUUGCAGUGGUCACAGGCGUCCUUUUUAUCAAACUGUAGGUAGGUCUGAACUCAAGUCUACCAAAUCUGAAUAAAUUAACACUAAGAUGAAUAAAUUAACACUAAAAUGCGAUGCCAAAGAAGAAAGAUAAUGCAGAUUAUGUCAAAUUAGUGUUCAUUAGUAUGGGAUUAGAAAAUGCUACAACCACAUUGUCUUGUGCGACACAAAAAUGCAGAUUUGUCUUUCAGAGGUUAUAAAAAAAUCACACCUGUAAUACUCAGAAAAAAAUGCCAAAUUAUGUGGAUAUAGUAUUAUUUCUAAGGGUGAAACAAUGUAUUUUGAUAUAAUUAUUGUACCUGUUUCCAAUUUACUUAUUGACAAUUCGAAACAAUCAAUUUUUAUGACUAACAGCCAAUUUACAACAAUUGUUCCAUGAUAGUUAAAUAGCCUGAAAAAAAAUCUGACCAAAUAAUUAAUAUAUAUAAUAUAGUAUGUUCAAUUAAUGUGUUCAUUUAGCGGGCCAUCUACACAGCCAGACAGUGUUUUGCAUGUCCUAUGCCUUAUACAUGAAUGUAUAUUUUGUAUAUGAUUUAUAUGAUUUGUGAUAUCUUUAUGUCCUGUGCAUUUGUAGCUACAAUACAGUUGGCAUGUACAAUGUAAAUGCUGUAUUAAUUGAAUGUGUGGUCCUUGAUUCGUUUUCAUUCUCUUGCAAUUUGUUAUCAUGUAGCUUCAUUAUCAUUGUAGCCUGUCCUCAUUGAAUAGUUGAUUAAACGUUUUCACGUAU